AGGCGAUAAGAUAGAAUGUUUGAAUAAGAUGAGAGUUAGGGUGUAGAAAAAAAGGAAAACAAAAAAAUCAGUUGGGCGUGAGAGAGAGCAGAACAGAAGAGGGAAUGGAGCAAGAAGAGCAUGAAGUAUACGGUGCAGACAUUCCCGAGGAGGAGGUUGACAUGGACGCCGACGCCGACCAACAAGACGACCAACUUCCCUCCAAUCACACAACCAAGGAAUUGGAGGACAUGAGGAAGAGGCUGAAGGAGAUCGAGGAAGAAGCUAGCGCCCUUCGAGAAAUGCAGGCCAAGGUUGAGAAAGAGAUGGGAGCUGUUCAAGAUUCGUCUGGUCCAUCUGCAACUCAAGCUGAAAAGGAAGAAGUGGAUGCUCGGUCAAUCUAUGUUGGUAAUGUUGACUAUGCAUGUACGCCUGAAGAAGUCCAGCAGCAUUUUCAGUCCUGUGGAACUGUGAACAGGGUGACCAUACUGACAGACAAAUUUGGUCAACCAAAAGGAUUUGCUUAUGUAGAAUUUGUGGAGAUUGAUGCUGUUCAGAAUGCUCUCCUGUUAAAUGAAUCGGAAUUGCAUGGUCGACAACUGAAGGUGUCAGCCAAGCGUACAAACGUUCCUGGAAUGAAGCAGUAUUAUGGAAGAAGACCUACUGGUUUCCGGUCUAGGAGGCCUUUCAUGCCUGCUCCAUUCUUUCCACCGUAUAGUUAUGGAAGGGUUCCAAGGUAUAGAAGACCCACACGAUACAGGCCAUACUAGUGCAGGUUCACGGUUUGAUAGGUGAUCACAUUUAUUUAUGAGACAAGGCGUUGUUAAUUUGCCAUUGUAAUAAUUUUCGUUGGUGAAGCAAGAACAUAAAGCUUCCUUUUCACAGAAGUUUGAUGCCCUCGCCAGUUAACGCUGUAGAAUGUAUGAUGCGGAUAGUUUGAUCACUUCAUUACCCCUGUUGAAUGUUAAAGCUGUAGAAUUUCGCACUCAAGGUUUCACUUAUACAGUGAUGAAGGCAAAAUUUCAGUAGUAUAUUAGAUUGAACGUCAAAAUUAGAUUUAGUGAUGGAUUUUUGGAAGACUUGAUGUUAACUGUGUUGGAAUUGGUUAUAGCUAGCUUGAAGUAUGUGUACUGUUGCGUGAAAUAUCCUUAUCAUGAAAUUGAGUUAUUAGAAAAUGAUAUUGUUUAUGAACUUC